UUCUGCUUCAUCAUAUUGACUGCGUUUGAAAAUGGCGCAGUGGCGGCGGUUCGCCUUCUUUGAGAAGGAGCUCCUGAAGGACCAGAAUGGUCUGUGGUUACGUGGAAUUGACGUGACGAGUAUGAGUGGGAACCGCGGACUCCUCGUGAUUGGGGAUGCAUCUGGGCUUAUUCACUUGGCAAAUCGGCAGCUGGAGACGCGGGCGUUCCGUGCACACGAACACUUUGUAUCCCAUGUCAUCAUGAUGAAGAAGGCCAACUUGCUCGUGUCCAUUGGGGACGGAAAGGACCCUCGCGACCCCGACCUGAUCAAAGCCUCCAAAGCCGUUGCGGAAGCUUCUCGAACGCAAGCACAGCAAGACGAACAACUGUUUACAUCGUCCGACAGCCGCGGGAGCACUGCGCUCGUCAAGAUCUGGCGCACGGAUCAGCAGGACCGCGACGGCAAGCCCAAGUUGCUGCAACAAAUCAAAAUCUUUUCCAAGUUCGCCGAAGAAGCUGUCACCGCGUUUGCCGUGUCGGACGACUUGAGUCAGAUCGCGAUCGGCUUGCUCAACGGCGCGAUCAUUCUGUUCCGCAGCGACGCCAAACGACGCUCGGACAAGCCGCCGCUCCUUCUUCAGCCCGCAACGCAGUACCCCGUGACAUCCCUUCACUUUGCUACCAAAGUAAAUAUACUGACGCUGUACGCUGCCACGAAGCGCGGGUUGACCUGCUACCAUUGCGAUGACGCCUCGUCCAAGUCAAACGCCAGCAACAAUGGAAUGCCGCGGUCGGUCGUUCUGGACGAGCGCGGUGUGGCGCUGCACUGCGGCGCUGUGAGCGAAGACGGCGACAUGGCAGUGGGGCAAAGCGAUGCGGUGUACUUUUACACGCCCGAGGAGCGCAGCGUGUGCUUUGGAUUCGAGGGAGACAAGAAAUACCUUGGUUUCUUCAAGCAAUACUUGCUUGUGGCCCACGUGGAUCCUCGCGGCCGCCACCAAGUCAAUGUGUACGACCUCCAGAACAAGUUUAUAGCGUUCAACUGGACAUUGACCAACACGGCUAAGAUUGGGGCGGGCGGUGGCGGACGCUUUGGCGACGACGCCGCGGAAGAGAUUCGCCAUGUCGUGAGCGAGUUUGGCGCGGUCUUCGUUCUGAGUUCCCUCGGGUAUGUUUACCGGCUCAUGGAAAUCGACACGACAUCCAAGCUCGACAUUCUCUUCCGGAAGCACCUGUACUCGAUCGCGAUUUCGCUCGCCUUCAGCUCCAACUACGACCUCACGAGCAUCAUGGACAUUUUCCGCGCGUACGGUGACCAUUUGUACCAAAAGGGCGAUUUUGACGGGAGUCUGAGGCAGUACGCCCGCACGAUUGGGUAUGUCGAGCCAUCGUACGUGAUCCGGCAGUUCCUGGAUGCCCAGCGCAUCCACAAUCUCACGACGUACUUGGAAGCGCUGCACGCGAAAGCGUUUGCAACGUCGGAGCACACCACGCUUCUCUUGAACUGCUAUACCAAGCUGAAAGACGUCAAGAAAUUAGACUCGUUUUUGCUCAUUGACGACGAACAGACGACGGACGAUGCGCCAACGACGGCCGACACGCGCAAGCAACCCAAGCAGCAACUCACGUUCGACGUUGAAACUGCGCUGACUGUGCUGCGGGACUACUACCCCACGCACGCGCUGGCCCUGGCCAAGAAGCACCACGAGCAUUCGUGGUACCUCAAGAUUCAGCUGGACCGCAUCCACUCGGAAACGCUAAGCGAUGCUGACCACGCGCGCGUGCAAGAUGCACUCACGUACAUUGAGGGGUUGAGUUUCACCGAAGCGAAUUUGAAUUUGCGAAAGUACGGACGCACCCUUGUGACCCACGUCCCUGGCCCGACGACCGAGUUGCUCAAGGCACUGUGCACGGGUCGUUUCCACGACAGCAACGGCGAAAAGGCGGAUCCGGCCAACUUUUUGCACUUGUUCGUGUCCCAUCGCGCCCAGCUGCGGGAGUUUCUCGAGUACAUUGUGCAUGUCGAGACCGUCGCGAACCCCCAGAUUGGCAAUACGUUGCUUGAAAUGGUGCUGAGCGACGUCGGCCGUGGAGGACCCAACGCCGCUGUCGACGAAUUGGACGAGGAGCAUGACGAGGGUGGCAGAGCACCGGGGGGAGGUACGGCUUCGACGUCGGCGGCCAAGAACGAAUCCGCCGUGUUGGCGCUGUUGGACAAUCCCCGCGUCAAGUAUGACGAAGAUCAUGCCCUCAUACUCAUGCAAAUGCACGGACUCAAGCAGGGCAAGCGAUACUUGUACCAGAAGCUGCACAUGUACCACAUGCUCGUGCAGCACCACAUGGAAGAAGGCGACAACGUGGCGGUGCUGGAGCAAGUCAAGCAGCAUGGGGAGUCGAACCCCAACUUGUGGCUGUUGGCGCUCAAGUACUUUAGCGAGAAGAAAGACAACGAUCCGACGUACACGCACUUGCAAACGUUGUUGUCGUGGAUGGAUUCGUCGUCGAAAUCGCUGCAGAUUCCACCGCUCCAAGUCGUUGCAAUCUUGAGCCAGGCGCGAGACCUGCCGCUCUCUGUGGUGCGGCAGUACGUGGUGAACCAGCUCAAGCAGGACCAGAUCCACAUCGACAAGGAGAACGACGAGAUCAAAAAGUUCAAACAAGACACGGCCAAGAUGCGCGCGCAACUGACCACCCUUUCUUCCAAAGCAAUGGUGUUCCAGGCGACCAAAUGCGACUUGUGCAGCCAUGACUUGGACUUGCCUGUCGUGCACUUUAUGUGUGGCCACUCGUUCCAUCAGAAUUGCAUUUCGGAAACAGACCGGGAGUGCAUGACGUGCGGCCCCGAGCACCGCCACUUCGUCGCGCUCAAGACGUCUCUCGAGACCAAAGCGUCGAACCAUGAGUUGUUUUUCAACCAGUUGGAAUCCGCCACGGACGGGUUCAACACGAUCGCUGAAUACUUUGGCAAGGGUAUCUUCAAGGCGGACGACCCGAUGAUGGCCCAGUUGGGCCUCGGGGACGAACACGCGUCCGAAGCACGUUUUAGCAAUGAGUAUUGAAUGCAGUAACGUUGAGCUAGUCGUCGC